AUGUCUUCAACCAAAUCUGCACAUCUUCUGAACUUGCCGCUCGAGAUCAGGUUCGUCAUAUAUGAAUGUCUGUUCGAGACAAUUUCCGACUCUCUCGAAGGUCGGGAGCAGAAGCUGUCGCACCCGCUCAUCUCCGUAUGCAAGCAGCUACGUCAAGAAGCCCUGCCUAUACUCAUGAGUGGCUUCGAGUUGACUCUCUCUGCCAUGAGCGGUCAAAAUACGCUGAACACGUAUGGUCUGGACAAUUCGGAUCGACUCAAGUUCAGACCACUUGUGACCGCCAACGGAAGAAUACUGUCAUGUUUGCCAGGUAUCUUACGUUCCUGGAACCACUUCUGCAAGUCCGACAUGGUUUAUCUCGUGCCUCUGUGCGGCCAAAUACAUAUCUGGUCCACUUUUAUGAACAUCGGCGUUACCAUCACACCUCAGAAAAAUGCCUCCCCGUUAUUGCGAAUCUCUGACCCAAACGGAAGGGACAUAGCAGGCAUGAAUGAUUCUGCUUCAGACAGUUCGGACGGAACUCUUUCCUUGACCAUUUGGUUACUGCAAAAGACACUGCACAAGACUCUGGCUGAUUGGAAAAGUCUCUGUUCAACAAGUCCUCUGAGCGUGGAUGUUGUCAACGUGAUUGUAUGGGAACUGGAUCAUAUUCUAUUCCGGGCUAAGAGGUGCGACAAGUAUGAAAGAAGCUCUGGAUUCUUCAUUUCCGUCAAUCGUCUGGCGCAAAGGGGCGAUAUCCAUGACGCCAACUGGAGAGAAAUAGUGUUAGCUGAUCUCAGAAGCAAAUGGCACGGUCACGGAUAG